CAACUCUGACCCAGAAGCACUUUGAUCAAGUGGCAAGGUAUGAGAGAGAAGGUCCCAUGAUGGGUGUGUCGGAGCCGAGUACGGUUGCAUGCUUCCUUCCCCGUGCGGGGAAAAAUACGACGAAAAGCUGGGGUUAGAGCCUAUCCUUGGACUGCAGCAUAAGCAGGCGACUUUAAAAACAAAACCCCAGACUUGAAGCUGCAUGGUGUGCCGAUCGUCGGUCUAUUUUGACCCGUGGAAAUGGCGACGGCUGGGGAGGGGGCGAAGGAUGCAGCGAAUGCGACCAUGGUCGGCAGGAUAAGUACUGGGGUUGCACUUCCGACAGUGCACUUGGUACUUGCCGCUGAAUGCUCUGUCACAAACUCGUCAGGGCUAUCGAGUUGUGAAAAAAAAGCAUCAUCAUGGUGGCCGAAAACAACGACCCCAAGAUGGCGGGAGCUCCCGACGCUGAUCCUGACCAUAGCACUAAACAUGCUGCAUCUCAACCCGACCAUGUUGAGAAUGUUGGAGCGGCCGCAACAAAGCCGAUAGCAGCUGUCGGUGCCAUGGAGAACAAUGACGACGCGAAAGCACCACCAUCGGCCAGCUCAGCCACCCCAGCGGCGCCGGAAACUGCAAAGAAGUCGCUCUGGUGGGCGUGGGUGUACAUGUUUGACUGGUACCCCAAGCACUACCCGGAAGAGGAGCGCAAGUUCCUGCGCAAGCUCGACUGCUUCCUGCUGACCUUUACAUGCGUGGCCUUCUUCCUCAAGUGGCUAGACCAGAGCAACAUCAACAACGCGUACGUGUCGGGGAUGAAGGAGGAGCUGGGGCUGUACGGCAACGAGUACUCGCUGUUUGGCGCCUUUUACAACGUCGGCUACAUCAUCUGCCAGGUGCCCGCGAUGCUGAUCCUGUCGCGGCCGAGGCUGUCCCGCUACUUCCUCCCGACGAUGGAGGUGCUGUGGAGCAUCCUGACCUUUGCCCAGUCGAGGCUGCGGUCGGCGGCGGACAUCUACGGCACGAGGUUCCUGCUGGGACUGCUCGAGACGCCCGUCGCGUCGGGCUCGCUCUUCAUCAUGAGCAGCUGGUACAAGCCCGAGGAGCUGUUCAAGCGCACGGGGGUGUGGUUCGUCAGCAACAACAUCGGCGUCAUCAUGGGCGGGUACCUGCAGGCGGCGGCCUACACCAACCUCAACGGCGUCGGGGGGAUGUCGGGGUGGAGGUGGCUGUUUGUCAUUGACGGCUGCAUCUCGCUGCCGCUCUCGGUGCUGGGAUAUUUCAUCUUCCCGGGAAUGCCGACCAGCAGCAAGCCCUGGUGGAUGACGGAGGAGCAGCACGCCAUGGGCCAGCGGAGGAUGCGCGACGUCGGCGUCGAGGAGCCCAAGAGGCUGUCGGUCAAGACGUUCAAGACGCUGCUGGCCAACAGGAGGUGGCAGUGGUACGGGUUGGGGGUGCUGGCGUACGUCUUGUUCCUGUCGAGCAGCUACCCGCACGGCCAGAUGGCGCUGUGGCUCAAGGACCAGGCCACCAAGCACGGCACGUACACGGUGCCGCAGAUCAACACCAUCCCGACGGGGGCGCAGGGCGUGUCGGUGGUCACGGCCGUGUUGGCCACGUCGUUGUGCAUGGUGUAUCCGACCUGGGCAGUGUUUACCGCCGUGCAGUGCUUGUUUUUGUUUGCGAACAUCCUGUUGAUGGUUUGGUAUAUCCCUGACGGGUUGAAGUUCUUUGCCUACUACCUCCUUGGCAUCAGCGCAGCAAUCACACCAAUUCUGGUACCAACUGUCAACUACUGGCUGAAAGACAGCGCAGAGGCCCGCGCAGUCUGCACAGGGUCCAUGCUGACAUUCGGCUUUGCCAUCCAAUCCUUCUACCCCAUCACCGUGUUUCCGGUCGUGGAGGCGCCGCAGUGGAAGAAGGGCUACAUUGUCAACUUUUGCUUCAUCGUAGGCUGCUGGGCCUCACUCUGCACCGGGUUUUAUAUGUAUAAUCGCCAUCAAAAGAGCUUGGAGGCGCUGCGUGAAGCGGAUCGGGAGGCAGACAAGGUCAAGGGGGAUGAUGAUUAAAAAAAAGAAGAAAAAAACAGAAGAAGCUUGUUCAGGUAAUAUUGUGGUAUUAGGGGGGGGGGGGGGUUGAAGCGCUUGGAGAUGCCAAAGUCGGCUCCAGUCAUGGUGGUGGUGGGCGGUUCGUCGUGUAGUCUCGGAUUUGAGAAUGAUGCCAUUGAUGCAUGAACCUACCUACCUCUCCCACCUGCCUAAUGCUUUCACCUUUCGGUCCA